AGUUCAUUACGUGACGUUUAUCGUCAGCACAUGACGGAUCAAAAGAAAAUUUUCGUUUCGUUUAUUACCCCAUACACCGUGCAAAGGUGCGAUAGAUUGUGUAAUAAACUGUAGUAUGAAUUGAGGGCAUUUAUCGGCAAUUUUAUAACGAAUGUUUAACUAUUACUGCAAACAACUUCAAAUAGAUAUCAAGAGAGGGAAAUGGCCUACCGUUUACUAACAACAGCUCGCAAGCUAGAGUCAACUUUAGCUGGUCUGAAUCGACAACACCGGACCGUCAAUACGAAUGAUUGCAAUCAGAUCAUCAGAAGUCUGAGCAAUCUGCAGUCUAGCAGAACUCAAAUUUGGAACGAGUUUCUCCACAGACUACAGCUGUUUUGCGAAAAACCACCUAAGGGAUUCGAAAAAUACUUCAAACCGGGUGGUGGCAAAAAAGGUGCAGCCAGUGAAAGCUCGUCAAAAACGACUAAAGAUGCCGUUGAACCUUCCGCUGACCAUGCCCACUCAGCAAAUUCGAAAGCCAGCCAGCAACCACCUAAGAAUGAUUGGAAUCUUGGGAUGUUCGGUCCUCAGUCAUCAAAAGGUAAAGGAGGUGGCAGCAGCGGUGGUGGCACCGGUAGACCUAUUGGUGGCGACGGCAGCGACAAAGAAAAAAUGAUGGUGUUUGGUGCCUUGGCCGGGGUUGCACUAAUCUCGGCCAUCGCUUACUUUGAAAUGGGUUACAAGGAAAUCGCAUGGAAAGAAUUUGUUAACAACUACCUUGCCCGAGGAAUCGUCGAAAAGUUGGAAGUCGUCAAUAAGAAGUGGGUUCGGGUACGAUUGACACCCGGAAAUGCUUCCGAUUCAAUGGGUACUCUCUGGUUCAACAUUGGCAGUGUUGAUUCGUUCGAAAGAAAUCUGGAAAGCGCCCAGACGGAUAUGAACAUUGAGCCGGUAAAUUUCAUUCCUGUGAUCUAUCGUAGUGAAAUUGAAGCUUCGAGCUUGACUGGAAUAUUACCAACGUUACUCAUUAUUGGGUUCUUGAUAUACAUGAUGCGCCGAUCGUCAGAAAUGAUGGGUGGCCGAAAAGGCAUGAAGGGAGGUGGUCUGUUCGGUGGCGUAAUGCAAUCGACGGCUAAACUUAUAAAUGCAAACGAAAUUACCGUUGGUUUCAAAGAUGUAGCCGGAUGCGAGGAAGCUAAGAUAGAGAUUAUGGAGUUUGUAAACUUUUUAAAGAAUCCGCAACAGUACAUCGAUCUUGGCGCAAAAAUCCCAAAAGGUGCAAUGCUUACGGGGCCUCCCGGAACAGGUAAAACGUUACUUGCCAAGGCAACGGCGGGUGAAGCAAAUGUUCCCUUCAUAACUGUAUCCGGCUCAGAGUUUCUGGAAAUGUUUGUUGGGGUUGGUCCAUCCCGCGUUCGUGACAUGUUUGCAAUGGCUCGAAAGCAUGCACCUUGUAUAUUGUUCAUCGACGAAAUUGAUGCCGUUGGUCGAAAGCGUGGUGGAAAAAGUUUCGGUGGGCAUUCUGAGCAAGAAAAUACACUGAACCAGUUACUAGUCGAAAUGGAUGGCUUCAAUACUACUACCAAUGUCGUCGUUUUGGCUGCUACCAACAGGGUGGAUAUUCUAGAUAAGGCAUUGUUACGGCCAGGCCGUUUUGAUAGACAGAUUUUUGUACCAGCUCCAGAUAUCAAGGGGCGGGCUAGUAUUUUCAAAGUGCAUUUGGGUCCACUGAAGACCAACCUUGACAAAAUGGACUUGUCGCGAAAAAUGGCAGCUUUGACCCCUGGAUUCACUGGUGCCGAUAUUGCGAAUGUGUGCAAUGAAGCUGCUUUGAUAGCCGCUCGUGAUUUGAAUGAAUCUAUCAUUUUGAAGCAUUUUGAACAGGCUAUCGAACGUGUUAUUGCCGGUAUGGAGAAAAAAACAAACGUGUUAGCGCCGGAUGAGAAACGAACAGUCGCUUACCACGAAGCUGGACAUGCCGUUUCUGGUUGGUUCCUGGAACAUUCCGAUCCGUUGCUUAAGGUGUCAAUAAUACCUCGAGGAAAAGGUCUGGGAUACGCUCAAUACUUGCCAAAGGAUCAGUAUCUUCUAUCGACUGAACAGCUUUUUGAUCGAAUGUGCAUGACUCUUGGCGGUCGUGUUUCGGAGGAAAUUUUCUUCGGUAAAAUUACAACGGGUGCGCAAGAUGACUUGAAAAAGAUAACUGAUAGCGCAUAUGCUCAGAUCACUCGCUUCGGCAUGAACAAGAAAGUUGGCCAGGUCAGCUUCGAUACGUCACAACCAGGCGACCCUAUGUUCUCCAAACCAUACUCGGAACAAACAGCUCAGUUAAUUGAUGAAGAAGUGCGACUACUGAUCAACAAGGCUUACACGCGAACAAAAGAACUGCUAAAACAGCACAAAGCAGACGUGGAGAAGGUUGCCGAACGGCUUUUAAAGAACGAGAUUUUAAGUAGAGACGAUAUGAUUGAACUACUUGGGAAAAGACCUUUUCCAGAAAAAUCUACGUAUGAAGAAUUUGUUGAAGGCACUGGAUCUUUUGAGGAAGAUACUACACUACCAGAAGGUUUGGCAAGCUGGAAUAAAGAAAAGGUACCUGUUGCUGUUGCGGAGGACGAUACCAGUAGUAAAAAACCAGAUCCAACUAAAACUUAGUAAUAAAUCGCUUGUUCUUUAGACUUGCUUAAAGCGGAAUAAAGUUUAGAAGCUAAUUGGUACGAUAUGAGAGAAUAAAAAUUGUUAUUGAUUUA